UGACUCCUGUUAAAUUUAGUUAAGUAGUGUAGGAACCUUCCAUGAGUUUUAUGUUGUAGAAACGUUCUUUAUACCAGUACCUUUAAUCCUAGGUUAGAGUAACUUUUAAAAUAUAAUCUAGACUAGCCGAAGGCCCUAAACCACAACAAAUGAGACGGUUUUUAAUUGUCUGUGGCAGAUCAUGUUACAUUAGUUUAAAUCAAGGGAUAGUUUCUGGUGAUAGCAGCUACUUCCCUUGAGGUUACAGAAAUCUCUCUUGUCAAGUAUGUUUUGAGAACAAUUGGUGAUAUAAGCACAACUUGAUAAAACAUAUUUAUUUCUGCUUAUAAGCAAACAAAAAACCAAUUCCGUUGCGUAUUCCUGAAGAAUAAGGCACUUUUUGAGUAUUUCUACUACAUGUGCUAACGUGUUAGUGCUGCAAAAAACUCCAUGAUCAACAAGUUGGGACUUGGGAGAUUCAGAAGUCCAUGAAAUGCAUCCCAUCAACGGCAGCUUGUCAAAGAGGAGGAGAAGCAGCAGCAGCAAUGUUGUUGAACAAUCUACUGCAGCCACUCCUCCGCAAGUACCCGUCAUCUCAAUUCCAGCUCUCAUUCUACGCCCGAGUUUUCCAGUUCUUAACAGGCAAAAACUACCUCAGACUAGGCCAACAAUUACACGCCCACAUGGCCCUCCGCGGCCUAUACCCCAAUGCAUUUCUCGCUGCCAAGAUGGUUGCAAUGUACGCCAGCUGCGGCGAUAUCAACUCCGCUGUGAAAUUAUUCAGCGCCGUUGAAUACCCGUCUACUCUUCUAUUCAAUGCAAUUAUUCGCGCGUUUACUUUAUACGGAGAGUCCCAUACGACUAUCCUGAUUUAUAGUCAAAUGCAUUCUCUUGGUUUGCGCGGGGACUAUUUCACUUUCCCAUUUGUGUUGAAGUCUUGCGCGGAUUCAUUGUGUUUUGAGCUGGGAAAGUGCGUUCAUGGGCUGAGUUUGAGGAGUGGUUUAAAUUUUGAUAUCUAUGUAGGGACUUCCUUGAUUGAUAUGUAUGUCAAAUGUGGUGCACUCGAUGUUGCGCGGACGAUGUUUGACGAAAUGCCUGUCAGAGAUACGUCUUCUUGGAAUGCAUUGAUUGCUGGGUAUAUGAAAGAUGGAUUCGUGAAUUCUGCUGAGGGGUUGUUUCGGGCUAUGCCCAAUAGGAGUAUCGUGUCUUGGACUGCUAUGAUUUCGGGGUACACCCAGAAUGGAUUUGCGGACAAGGCACUGGGAUUAUUUGACGAGAUGAUAAGUUGGGACACAGAUGUGGUGAAGCCCAAUUGGGUGACGAUAAUAAGUGUUUUACCUGCGUGUGCACAUUCAGCUGCGCUUGAGCGCGGGAGACAGAUUCAUCAAUAUGCCAGGGAAAGGGGUUUUGACUCCAAUACAUCAGUAAUGACGGCUCUUAUGGCCAUGUACUCAAAAUGUGGCAGCUUGGCUGAUGCUCGCGUAUGUUUUGGUCGGUUGAGGCCAAAUGAGAGGAAUUUAGUAGCAUGGAACACUAUGAUCACUGCUUAUGCAUCUCAUGGAUGUGGCAAGGAGGCGGUUUCCGCGUUCGAGCAAAUGAUUGGAGCUGGGGUUCAACCUGAUGCAAUUACAUUUACGGGGCUGUUAUCAGGGUGUAGCCAUUCUGGCCUUGUGGAUGCUGGAUUGAAAUAUUUCAACUGUAUGAGAUCAAUGUUCUUGGUUGACCCAACACUCGAGCAUUAUGCUUGUGUUGUAGACCUUCUGGGCCGUGCUGGACGAUUGGUGGAAGCUUAUAAUCUCAUCUCUCAAAUGCCAAUGCAAGCUGGACCAAGUGUCUGGGGUUCCUUACUUGCUGCUAGUCAUAAACACAGAAAUUUAGAGAUUGCAGAACUAGCAGCUAAAAAGUUGUUUGUCUUGGAGCCUGCUAAUGCUGGGAAUUAUGUCAUGCUUUCAAACAUGUAUGCAAAGGCUGAUAUGUGGGAAGAAGUGAACAGUUUAAGAACUCUAUUCAAGUCGAAGGGUGUGAAGAAGACUCCUGGGUGUAGUUGGACUGAAGUGAACGGAAAAGCACAUUUAUUUCGUUGUGGUGAUACGUCUCACCUUCAGACAAAGGAAAUUUACUCCUUGUUGGAGGAGCUACCAGAGAAGAUCAAGGCAGCUGGUUACAUGCCAGACACUAGUUUUGCCCUGCAUGAUGUUUCUGAAGAGGAGAAAGAACAUUAUCUCACUACACACAGCGAGAAGCUGGCUGUUGCAUUUGGGCUUCUUAGCACAAGCCCUGAUACUGUCAUUCGUGUCACAAAGAACCUUAGAAUUUGUGGAGACUGUCACACAGUCAUCAAAUUCAUUUCUAAAAUAUAUAGACGUGAAGUCAUUGUAAGGGAUGUUAAUCGGUUUCAUCAUUUUAAAGUUGGAUCUUGCUCAUGUGGUGAUUAUUGGUAAAUGCAGAUAUAGUUGCAGUUUUCAGUUCACUAUAAGUUUUCUCAGAAGCUGGAUAUUCGCAGGUCCUCUUUUGGAGCUUUUUGCAAGGAAGCUGCAAUGUUGCAUCUGGAUUGAUAUUAGCUGCUACGAAGCAGAGAAAUUCGUGGUUUUAAGAUAUUGAAACAGUAUGGGAGACUUAUUGCACUAGUGUUCAAGAUGAAUCAUAAAGCUGAAAACUUUAGGGGGUAGAAUGGCAUCUAUUUCCAGAUUCUUCUACUUCAUGCUUGCAGGCCAUAAGAAUGUCUAUCCUGGACUGUAAAAACAUCAUCUUUGGUAUGUAAUGGUUCACUCGCAAGUUCAAUAGCAUGAUGACCUCUAGAGAUGAUACUUAUAAGGAAGGUCAUUGUCUUCAUCAUUCUAAAGAUGGUUUUUAUUUAUUUGGACACGACAAUUCCUCGUGAUCAGAUGAAUCAUCUUGUGGAUUGCAACUGGAGGAGGUAUCAGCUUUCAAACUCGUGGUGAUGUACUUUGUCCUUUGGGCAGACUAUCCAGAUUCUAAGUACAAGGGCAAUUCAAAGAAUAAGUGUUGGAAGAGUGAAGAAUUUGAUCAGCUGACUGGUGAUUCCUGCUUCGAGAGCUUCAGCUGUGUGACUGUGGUUCAUGCCAUACCUGUUGUCAAAAUUGCAGACUGGGGAAACCUGGAGCCUGGGAUGUAGUUUCCAUUUACAUCCGUUUGUGCCUUGAGUCUUAGCUUCAACUUUGUAAACCGGUUCAUCUGACAAGCCUACAGCCUAGUUAGUGAUUUGAAGUGUAAAUGUUUGUUUUGCCAAUUAGAAUAUAUUACAAUUCGUGAAAAGAGAUGCUAAUGUAGUAGCUCAUUGAUUAGGUAAAUUUGCCAAGAACUAUGAGAUGUUAGAGUGGGAUCAUGUUAUUAAAGAUUGUGUACGUUCUGCUCUAAUCAGAGAUGUUGCAAGUUUGAAGCAA